GCAGAUUCGUGGCAAUCUGGAUCUAUCUCAUUCGGUAGAUUAGAGAAUGAAGCUAUAUGUUGGGAGAAGAGGUCUUUUUUCACACACAAUAGGUAUCUUGAAGAGGUUGAGAAAUACUCCAAGCCAGGUUCUAUUGGCCAUUCUGCACGCUUUGUUGAAAAUCAUGAUAGACCAACCACUUUACUGGAGAAUGGAAAGUAUCAAGCUUAUGAAAAUAAAGGCUAUGCGGGGCACUUGGAGUUUGUUAAUGAAGUUGGCCAUUCUGCAUAUUUUGAUGAAAAUCAUGAUAGAUCAACCCAUUUAUCGAAGAAUGGAAAGUAUCAAGCCGAAAACACAGGCUAUGAUGGAGAUUUCGAGCGAGUGAAUGAGAUUGGUGAUUCUGCACGCUUUGAGGAGAGUUUUGAUGGAUCAAACAAUGGAGACAUUGAAGUCACAGAAUGUGGCAGAGAAGGAUCAAGAAACGAAUAUAUUGAAGCCACAGAACUUGACGGAGAAGAUAAUGUUCUUCAAAGUGUUCCUAAAGAUCUGGAAGCUGAAGCAAAAUUUAAUCUCAAUGCUGGAAAUGUAGCUUUUAAUGAUCUUAAACCUACGAUUGAAGUGAAAGAGAAACUAGACGGCCAAGAUAGCAGUAUCGAGUUCUCAUCAAACUCUGUUGAUCUAUCCUCUUAUGCUCACACCACUGAGAAAGAUGGUAGUAUUAGUUCAGAACCUUGGAUUGUAGUCUUAUUCAAGUUCAGAAAAUUGGCGCCCCUUUAUGGAAUCAGUCUUGUGCCUAAAAUGCAGGUGAGGACUGCAUCUCAAUCUAGAGAUACAAAAUCCAGAAUGUUGUCCCAAGUUAAUGUUACUAGUGUCAAGGGGACAAGCUCAAAUCAAGCAUACAAAGACAUGCCAAGAAAACCAAAUAGAAGGCACAACGAUGUUUCUUUGACACAAAAAAGAGAAAAGCCCAGAUUGGACGCACCUGGCACUCUUUUGCGUCCAACCGCUAGAAUGCCAAAACCAGAGAUUAUUCUUCUGUAA